GGGUCGAAAAGUGUAACUACACUGCAAACUGCAUGUUUAGCGCUCCCUCUCUUAGCCUAGCUAGCCUAGCUCCGCUCGCUCCCUGCCUGCGCCGGUGGCCACCCAGCCCGCACUCGCCGCCGGCCAAUCCGGCCACAAAGCCGGCGAUCUGCAUCGACGAGGCGAUCCCUGCGCACGGCUUCUUCAAGUCGUGGCUGCCAGCAGCGGUGGCGGGGACGCAUGCGCCGCGCGCCGUCCUGGUGGUGUCCUCUCACUGGGAGAAGGAUACUCCGGCUGUCAACGUCGUCCGCGGCACCAACGACAUCAUCCAUGACCUGCAGGGCCUCCCCGACGAGAUGUACAAGCUGACGUACCAUGCGCCGGGCACGCCAGGCCUGGCCAGGAGGACCAAGGAGCUCCUGGAGGGCGCCGGGUUCGGGCAGGUGAGGGAGGAGCACGGCCGCGGGCUCGACCACGGCACAUGGUUGCCGCUGAUGCUCAUGUACCCGGGGGCCGACGUCCCGGCGUGCCAACUCUCCCUGCAGACCGGCCGCGACGGCGCCUACCACUAUGACCUCGGCGCGGCGCUGGCGCCUCUCAGGGACGAGGGCGUCCUCAUCCUCGGCUCCGCACCACCACAUCCACACACAACCUCAGGGAGCUGGGGCCUCUCGGCCAAUGCGGCCCCAACGCCUCGACGCCCUCGUCGCCGUCGCCCCGCCGCGCCCUACUCCCUCCUCGCCCUCCACGAGCAAUGAGUGCUUCCGCUGCGGCGUCCGGAGGCGACCUGGCCAUCGCAUCCGCUCGGUUUCUUGAGGCGGAGGUGCGGCGUCUAUCUUGAAGCCGGAGCAGGGGCGAAGGAAGGCCAGCGUCCAGUGCAGAGCAGAUUGGCGGACCCACGGAGGAUGUAGGUAGGGGAGGGGGACCGGGCGUCGUCGGCUAUCCCGGCAUGGUGGCUGAACAACAGGCGGCGGCGGUGGCGGCGGGUGAACCAUGGCUGCAGGGGUCGCGUGCGUUCUCCUCUAGGUGGGCAAAGGUGGGGCUCCAGUGGGCUAAAUGGGAUAGCCCGAUAAAAAUGUUUCCUAUCCACUGGGAGUCCACUAAGGUAAUUUAAGUGGGAUGGGUUAAGUAGUCCCACUUAAUCCCACCUCCACCUGCACCUGCAGCCUGAACUGUUAUGCUGCAAUUGGCCAUCACGUUCAGCCCUCCAAGUUCACUGCUGGCCUGUGGCCUCUGAUAUGGUGUAUGGUGAAGCUGAGAGGGAUCAAGACAUUUCUCCACUGUGAAUUGAUGAGGAACACAUUGAUCUCGGGGCUUCAGUGUAAUGGUGGGUAGUGGCAAGCUGCACUGCUACUUAGAAGGAAUUCACAAGUUGCAAUUGUGGGCCCCGAUGAAAAAUCGCUUCUUUGGGAACAGCAUGGAAUGGAAUGCCUGAUGAGAACACCUGCAAUUUUCAAUACAGGCUUCCUUUGUUUGUUGCUGUUUUUCUA